GCUGAUGGCGCGCAGCGAGCGGCCAGCCGGCCUGUGGAAGAUCGGAAAGCUGGCGCUGGCCACUCGGCCUUCUUGCCACUGGUGAUCGGGGCCACAGGGGUUGUCUUUGGCGACAUCGGCACCUCCCCGCUCUACACCUUCAACAGCAUUUUCACGGAGAUGGAGGCACUGCCAGACAAGCACGAUGUGCAGCAGGCCUUUUCCGUGAUAUUCUGGACAAUGGUCUGGAUGCCAUGUCUGAAGUACAUCGGCCUAGUCAUGCGCGUGAACCACCAUGGCGAAGGAGGCACAUUUGCGCUUAUGCAAGUGAUCCUUGAGCACCUUCAGAAGGACUCGAAG